CAGAGCUGAGUGAUAAAUUAAACGACACCAGCAGCAUAUCAAAAAAAGCUUCAUCGUCAUCAAUAAAAGCGGCGUCGUCAUCAAUAAACAAAGACAAUUUUCGAAUUAUUAUGAAUAUUACGAUUACUAUAAUGCUCUGCCUGAAUAUGAUGACUCUGAAUGACUCUGAACGGGAGGAUGAAUAUGAUGACUCUGAACGGGAGGAUGAAUAUGAUGACCCUGAACGGGAGGAUGAAUAUGAUGAUUUAGC